UAUUCUAUUAACUAAAUCGUUUGAAUCAUAAUUUGUUUCUUCUUUUAUAACCUCGCGGUUGCUGCGCCACCCCAUCUCUCUCGCCACCGGAAUUCUUUGUCGCUCCCCCUUCUCCGGUGAAAUCCUUCGCCUUUACGUUUACGGUGAUAACGAUCCCCCUCCCUUGGUCAGUUGAGGAGUUUAGAUUUCGUCAGGACCCAUCAGGUUUGGGCAACUGAUGCUCUUUUUGUUUAGUCCCAUUUGGUUGAUUCGUUCGUGACUGGAAAACUCAUUUCAAGUUAGUUUUUUAUGGAAACUCUAGAAAACAUAGCUUUAGAGAUUUUUCUCCUUAUCCUUUACGUGCACAAGUUGGAAUUUAAGAGUAAUUGUUUGGUUUUGUUUAGGUGGCAUGUAAAGUUCCCUUUUUGAUUUCGAGUUUUCCCAUUUGGCCCUCUAAUCGGUAGCGCCAAAAACUUUCUUAUACGUUUUAGUGAAGUAAAAGCCUCAUCUUGAUUUCUUUUAAGAAUGGAAAGGAAUAUUGAUAUGUAUUGGAAUUAGAUUUCUUGUUAUUGACGCUUUCACUUCAUCUGGAUUGAGGAGACUCUCUUCGCUUUGCGUGCAGCGAGGUAGUAUUCGAUAUGUAAAUUCGUUGAUUCCUGUUCGUUAAUGAAAUAUAGUGAUAUUUAUAUACUCCUUUUGAAGCAUGUUGUCUGUGGUGUAAACCAUCUUCCAUUGGACGAAUCUUCGUUUAUUGCUAGUAAUGUUUUUUGGGUGCAGUGUUGGUUGGUUUAUGAUUUUGCUAUUAUGAACUGGUGCAGCAUCUUGAGCUAUGCUGCACUUGUGCAUGUGCACAGUUAAACAGACUUUUAGUAUAGCUCCUCUGCAAAAGAAAAUUUUUAGUAUGUCAAGUUUUGUGGGGGUUUGCUUGCAUUAUCUAUCCGUUCUUUUCCAUUCAUUGUGUUAGGAUUGCUUCUACUAUGUCUUGUCAACAGCAGUGCUAUGCCUAAUGUAAUGCAUGCUUUUGUUAUAGUCAUUCCUGUUGUUGGAUAAUUUUCCUAUGCUUUUCUUGGAGUCUGAAUUGUUAGUUGAUUCUGAGAUGAUAAUCUUAUAAACAUAUCACCACACGUACUAUAUGUUUAGUAGCCUACACCAUAUACAUUCGUCUAAUUCUGAUACUUCUUGUUAGGGAAGUAUUUCAUGUUUCCAUGAAGAUUCCGAAAUGAAGGAUAAAGACAAUUUGUGGAUGGAAAGAAACGGUAGUUAUGGACUAUAUCUUCAUCAUUACCUCUUAUACCAACCACCUCAGUAGAGAACUUCCCUGAGCCUCACAACAGGUCUCAGUUGAGGCCGUUAAAAAACAAUCUACUGUCUCCUCAACAUAGAUCAUUUGUUUCUGAUAGUGGGAUCGUUGGAUCUUUGCAUUCAUCCUCUUGCAAGAUUUCUUCAGAAUAUCAUGGAUCUUCUUUGUCACUUCAAAUGAGGCAUCCUCCAGUUGCUACACAAUCACCAAAAGUUGGUCUCUAUUCAUUCAUCUAAAUUUUUAUAUACAGGAACAUUUCAACCUAUGACGACUAAUGUUUUCGAGAGAGACUACCAAAAUAAAUUUGUCUCCAGAUACACUUCAUGAUACUCUUGAUUAUCCAGACAAUAAUUUUUCUUUGAGCAAUCAAAUAUUAGGAAAUUCCACCAUGGUCUCUAAUGAUCCUAGUAAGCAAAAGGAGUGGUGGACAGAUAUAAUAGAUGAAGAUUGCAAGGAAACUGCUGUUGAAUCUCAGCCAAAGGUUGUACACCCAACCUCAUCCCAAUCGUCAUCUAGUUUAUCAGUGCACCAGCCACCAAUCCAUCAUUCUGUUCCAUCCAAUUCAGGAGAGGUUUGUGCUGUCACUAGUGCAGCCAAGCCACGCAUGCGCUGGAAUCCUGAGCUCCAUGAAUGCUUUGUAAAUGCUGUCAAUCAGCUUGGUGGUAGUGAAAAAGCCACUCCGAAAGGUGUACUAAAGCUCAUGAAAGUUGAAGGCUUGACAAUAUACCAUGUGAAGAGCCACCUGCAGAAAUAUAGAACAACUUGGUACAGGCCAGACUCAUCAGAAGGGCCAUCCAACAAGAAGACUACUUUGAAAGAAGAAUUGCCUUCUCUAGACCUCAAGACAAGUUUUGAUCUCACUGAAGCUCUCCGGCUCCAGGUGGUUGUCCAAAAACAGCUUCAUGAGCAACUUGAGAUUCAGAGAAAUCUGCAGCUGAGAAUUGAAGAGCAAGGAAGAUUUCUUCAGAUGAUUCUUGAGAAGCAAUGCAAGUCGAACAUUGACAAACUCCAGAUUACUUCUACUGUGGAAGGACUAUCAACCACAACCUCUGAUAUAAUGCAUUCAAUUGACAAGUUUGAACUCCCAGAGAACGAUCGAUACAUAGCUGGAAGUAGCAACGGCAGUGCAGAAACAAAAGAGGGCUCAUGGCAAGUCAGUAUCAGGCAUAAGAUGCCUGAAGCUGAACCUUCAGCCGAGAAAGAAGCAGAUGCUGUUGAUGGCUCCCAUUCUUCAGCCUGCAAGCCUGCAAAAGGCCAGGUUGGGGAGACAAAAACACCACCAUGAGUUCGUGACUAAUUAUUGUAAGAUCUUUCAUAUGGCUUUGUUGAGUUUCAUUAAUCAUCAGAUGAUCAUUAACCAUUGUACUGUCCUGUAUUAUGUUAGUAUUGUGUUUAGGAUCAGAUAACCUAAGUCUAGGGAAGUGAGUAUCAUCAAUCAUCACUGUUGUUCAUACUCAUUGUACUGUCCUGGAUCAUGCAAGUAUAGUAUUCUGGAACACAACUCGGUAGAAAUCUUGGCAAGCAAAGUUGGAAAAAAAAAUUAAAAAAAUGUGCAUCGGAAGAGAAUCGAACCUAGGUCUAGAUGGUGACUGGGUACUAGAUUAACUCUUGUAUUUCUCUCUGAAUCGAACCCUAUUUGUU